UCGGAGUAAUCCCACAUAAUGAGCACAAAUUUUGUUAUCACUUACUCAUUUCGCGGAUAAAUUAGAGUUUUUUAAUUAAAAAAUAUAAAAUUAACUGUUUUUUAACCUUCAGACACUGGAAAACGUAACCUAUAUUAAUAGCAGAACGUUUUUAUUGUAAACGAGCCAUCACAUUUAAAUGGUCUAGGGAAUUUCCGUCAGCCAUACCCGUGUCGGUAACUUGACCCUGUCGCACAAUUGAACAAGGAUUAUUGCUAUUGUUCUUCGUUUUAUAGAAAAAUGCUGAAAACGAUACAGAAGGUGGUGGUAGCCUUAAAAGAUUUACCACAACCCACGCGGCGAUUUAACCUAAGCAAACACGUUGGAAGGAAGAGCACGAUGGCGGAAAGUUUGGAUCAGAGCAUUGUAUGGAUGGAUAUGGAGAUGAGUGGAUUGGACAUCUUCAAAGAUCAUAUCCUCGAAAUCGCUUGUCUAGUCACUGAUAAGGAAUUGAAUGUCAAAAGCAGUGACUUUCAUUUAAUUAUUCAUCAGCCUGAUGAAGUACUGAAUAGUAUGAAUGAAUGGUGCACUGAAAAUCACAAAUCAACUGGUCUUUCUGAUGCUGUUAGAAGUAGCGAAAUAACCCUUGAAAGCGCAGAGCAACAAUUAUUAACUUUCCUAAAGAAAUAUGUACCUGAAAAGUCUUGUCCACUAGCUGGAAAUUCCAUAUACAUGGACAGACUAUUCCUGAGAGUACAUAUGCCAAUUGCAAACGAAUACUUGCAUUACCGAGUCAUCGAUGUGUCAACAAUUGUUGAACUAGCAAAGAGAUGGAAUGCCCCAGCAGUCUCAGCAGAUCCCAAAAAACUACGCCUUCACCGAGCAAUUGACGAUGUACGAGAAAGCAUAGAACAAUUGAAAUAUUAUAAAUCAACAUUUUUCAAAACCCUACAAUAAUUUGGACUGAAAUCAAGUGAAAAAAAUAAAAACUAAAUUUUCUCAGUUUUGAGCAGGGUUCGGCUAGAAAAUUACCCCGAGUAAAUUACAUGGUUUCUGACUUGUCACAAACUACGUAAAUUACAUAGGAGUUUUCGAGAUAUUCAACAUGUCAGAAACCUAUUUGCCUUGCGAAGAUCAGACGUCGUAAUGGUCAUACACCGCGAGAGUCAAUCGUUGCUACCAGCAUAACUCGCAAGGGUCAAGCAACAGAGGCAGACGGAAAAAUGUCAAGGGUCACACAACCACAAGGACCAUACGGGAGAAUCUUCUGAUUAUCUCUUUUUCCUCUGUUUGAUCUUCACGAUCGUUGGACCUUUGUGAUUGCCCUACCUGCCUUACGUGAUUGACUUUUGUGGUCGUUUUAGCCUAGAGAAUAUGCUACCUCAGUGGUACGACCCUAACGAGGCAUGACUCUUGUCAGCUGUACAUCAUCAUGGCGCCGUUUGACCCUUAUUAUUUUCCAGCUUGUAAAAAGGUUUCUGACACUUUUUUACAUUUUUGGCACUCCCGAGGUAAAUUACCAGUAUUUUACCAUGUCAAAAACCCUAGUUUUUUACUGAUAGAAUGAUCUCGAUACAAGCGAUUUUGGAGGAAAAAAUGUAAAGACAUUUUAUUUAUUUUGUUUUUAAUGUGAGUUGCCGCAAGGGGUUUGCGACUGGCCAUCGCCCGAAGGCCUUCAGCCUGGUAUUCACAGAGAUAUUUAGUUGAAUGUUAUAAUGUUCACUGUGUACAUACAAUAUAGAUCAAAACACAAAAAGAGGUAAAUAGAGUUUUCUUGUACAUUGGAAAAUAUAUGGGAUGCGAUGUAAAGA